CAUUUGUUUCUGACGAGCAGAUAUGCUUUUACGCAUGAUAUUCUGACGGUGCUUCUGUUUUCUUUUCCUCAGCGGAAGAAUAAGUCCGUGUCUCCGUGCAGGGGGAAAUAAAAACCAAAUUAAGAUUUCCAGCCUUGCAACAACCUGGGCGUCUAAAUAGUUUUCGGAGGACUCGAGAUCAAUUGCUUCAUGUGGGGAUUUCCUGCUUCGCAGAAAGUCUCGAGAGCGCCUUUACGCACACUGACAUACACACCCCAGACGCAGCUGAAGGAGCCGCUCCGGGCUAAAGCGACUCAUAUCCGCGGAAAGGCGUCGGUGUUAUCCAGAGAGAAGAAGCUGAACGGUAGAAACGAUGGGUACAGAGACCAGCUCGACCUUUCUGGACUCGGAGUUUCGCUACACGCUCUUCCCAGUUGUGUACAGCAUCAUCUUUGUUGUGGGCUUCUUCGCCAAUCUUUAUGUGCUGUUCGUUCUGCGGUGUCUCCGUGAAGCAAAGGCCAUGGGAGAAAUACGCAUCUACAUGACCAACCUGACCAUGGCUGACCUCCUCUUUGUUUGUACGCUACCCUUCUGGAUUGGGUACUACAGGCGUAAGGGGGAUUGGGUCUUCCAGGAUUUCAUGUGCCAGCUGGCAGGAUCGUUAUAUUUCAUCAACACUUACGGCACCAUCCUGUUCCUCGGAGCGAUCAGCCUCAACCGGUACUGGGCGGUCUCUCGGCCUCUGGACGCAGCCUCGUCGGACCACAGGCGCCGUGGGAUCAUCGUAUGCAUCGUAAUCUGGGUGUUUACCAUUUCAUUGUCAAUCCCCUACUUCACAUCACCAGGUACCAACGAGGAUGGAAAUGUAACUCGAUGCUUCGAGGGGUACCACAAUCAAACGGAGGAUGAAAAGAGGAAAGUGGCAGCUACGCAUUUCUCAAUAAUCGCAAUGUUUUUUGUUGUGUUUUUUCUUGUUGUCGUGUGCAACUUCCUGAUUGCCCGAAACUUGCUUUCUCAGAGUAACCCUCAGUCAGUGGCUUACUCUGACACAAUCAAGUCCAACAGGACGCUUACGUCUACGUUUAGAAGGCCCAAUAAGGCCAGAGGGGUGAAGAGGAGGGCUCUGCAGCUGCUCCUGGCGGUGGUGGGGGUGUUCGUGUUGUGCUUUAUGCCCCACCACGUCGUCCAGGGCCCCUGGGUGCUGGCUGUGCUGGAGAUAAAGGAGGGCUGGGGUCACGUAAACUGGAGCCAAGACACACGGCAGGCACUCAACGACGCCCAUCAGAUCACUUUGGUUCUGAUAGGCCUCAACUGUAUCCUGGAUCCUGUGGUGUAUUUUUUUGCCACAAGGAAGUUCAGGAGGUUCAUUGUGGAGCACAUCAAAAAGGUGUUUAGAGGGGAGUCUUGCUCCCACUCAGCGAACAUCCAACUAUCCAUGGACAGCAGGAACCACAGCCAGAAACUUCAGAGUAUCAACCCACAGCCGGGGGAGGAAUUACUCAACGAUAGACACAGGAACACAUGAGAACAGGUGUCUUUAUUGGGACGUGUCGCUUACUGAACUGGACUUCACUGAUUUUGUUUACCUUUCUGUGCAGUUUUAAUAUUUGCAACUUGUUCUUUUUUUAUAGUUCCUUUAUUUGACCAAAUACCACCUCUGUUUUUCUACUUAUGUUUUGUAAUUUUCUAUAUUAUUUUUUUAAACAUUUUCAUAUGUUUUUUUUUUUUGCCUCUGCCUUCUCAUACUUUGGUGCAAUAUGCAAACUGUUACUGUUACUUCACUGCCAGGCACUGCAUCUUGGCCCACAUUUGGGUUCGCUAAAUGUAUGACUGCAGUAAUUUAAAACAAGCCGUAAAGCAACAAUCAGAUAACAGAAAAAUGCUCCUGAAAUGUAAAAAGCUGCUGUUUAUUAAUUACUUUUAUUUAGGCUUGUCUAUCAGCACAUCUCAUCUCUCUUUAAUUUUAAUUUUAUUUUAGUUUUUAAUAUUUUUAUUUGUUGUUGUAGCAAGCUGCAGCUGCAGGGAGUAAACUUCCACUGAAAUGUUCCAACCUUGAACCUUGAAUGCAGGCUGUUGCCAAAGAACUGCACAAUUAAGGUUUUCUGCUGAUGGAAAAAGUUUAGUGUUUUUCUACUUCAUUAUUUAAGUUGAUAGUGUUGUUCUGGUAUUACUAUGUCUUUUAAAAGCAUUUAAACUCCUUGAAUUUGUUGUAUUAUAACCACAAGAUGUAAUGUAUUUUAUUGGAAUGCAGCUGGUACAGAUUGUUUCUGAUUUCAGUCCCCUGUGUGGCAGCAGCUUUCACUCCCAACUAAAACAUUUGCUUCUUGUGAAACAGCCACAAGAAUGAAAUCCCCAGAAGACAGCUGAAGAGAAAGUUUGCAUGAGUCUCAAAGCCUUUAACAAUCUUUUUAAAAUCCAUUCCCAAUUGAUAGAGUGCUUCUUACCUGUUCUUGAAUAUUUUUAGCCUGGGGUAAGAUGCGUUGCGUCAUGCAUCAUUCAAAUAAAACCAAUCUCAUCUACAUUUUAACAUUGAUCCAUUUUGGUUUAGAUUUUUUUUUCUUGAAGGGGAUGUUUUACGCAAAAUUCACUUUUUGCACAUUUUUGUAGUUUCAUUUGGUUUCUACUGUUUGGAAAAAAACAAAAAAACAACCCCAGUCAUUUUUUGGAAAUAAGUUAAAGUUUUUAAAGAAACUGAACUGAAAGAUGAACAUCCUGAUUAUUAAAUCACAAUCAGUGUUUACUGCCUUGUUACUUAGCAACCCCACGUGGAGCUCCAGCUGGUUUCACUGCUCUAUGCGCUGUACAGUGGCUGCUGGAAAAGACAAGUUUUGACUUACUAUCCAGAAACCACUUUCUGCAAUUUUGUUGGUUGUGCAGGAGGCUCCACUUCUGCUUCUCUAAGAUGUAUGGCUGUAUAAUUGUGCAACUGUUUGCAGACAUUUUCACGUGCGAGUGUAAACAGUGAGUUGGGACUUAUUUGGAUUUAAAGUGACAGGAGGCCCUAAAGCAGUUUAAUGUGAGAGGAGCUCAAAAUGGGCAGAACUGAGCAGACUGAAAUCUCAUUAUCUGAGAAUGAUUUUGUGCAAAACAUGUAAAAAUAAGUUUAGCAUGUCUAGCUGUCUUAGGUUGUUCAAGGAGCUGACCUUUAAUAAAUAAAAUCACCAUUUGGAAACCGCU